AUCAUACAGGUUGAUUGCUCAUUUGAGCAUUAUAGACAAGGCAACCUGCAGUUUGCUUGAAGAUAACUAUGGAAAAACAGAAGAUCUCUAUAUACAGAGAGAGGUUGGACAAGACUUUGGCAUCUGCUGAACUAACAAAUGAGGAGACCCUGGAAAUCCUUAUCAAGAAUCAAAUCCUUCAAACUUCACAACAUGAGAAGGAUGGAUUUAGCGAGAAUGUAUUGAAAAAAAGGACUGCUGAAGUGUCCAAUUUUCUGAACAUGUUAAGGAGUGCAUCUGUAAAUGAUCUAGAGUUGUCAAAAACCCGUGAGGCUUCACAUGGUGAAUGGAAAGUAUGAUUUCUCAUCAGAAUGCUCUUCUUUGUCUUAUUGUCUUUCUAUGACCCUUUCUCAAUAUAAAAAUUCUUAGUGAUAACUUUUUCUUUUUUAAAUUUUCAUUUAUCCCUGAAAAUAGAGAAACUGAGAAAGUCAUGGUUAAUGAGCACCACGUCAUCCAGUUUCUUAGUAUCUAAUUCGUGGUCAGGCAGCUCAAUAAUUCAAACUUCUUCCUUGAAGACACUUUGUUAACUACACAUUUAAAAGUCAACUGUCUCUCAACCUAUUCAAAAAAUUUCAUAUUAAGAGUAAUUUAAUUAACUUGCCUAUAUAGAAUAUUUGUUACUUUUUCUUAUCAUUACUGCUCUUUUGGAGGUCAGUUAAAACAGGAUAGUGAAGAGUUCCGUGUCAUGUAUCGUGAAGGACCUCAAGGCACUCCUUUUCAUAGCUUACUUGUUGAAGGCUAUGUGGAUGGACCUGUAGAUGUUUGUAAGUUUGUUGGAUGAUUUUGGAAAUAUAGAUUUCUUCCUGUGAUAACGAGGAAACAAUUGUGCCAAUAACUUCAGGCUUUUAAUGCCCCUAUCAUUUUGUCAGUAACUUUUUAGAUAAGUUCCAUUUUUCUUUGCAGGUUUAUGCAUCUCUUGGGAGUCAACACUGUACAUGAAAUGGUGAGAAGUGUUUCUAUCCAUAUGUAUUGUUUCUAUUGACCAUAAAAACAAUUAUAGAGAAAUACCAUGCUCUGGUUUUUGGAUCUAUGUGAGCAUAUAUUCUAGUGUUUUUUGUUUUUUUCCUUUAUGGUGUUGGACUAUUGUUAUAGCAUCAUUAAGUGCAUUGAAAACUGGUGUUAUGGUUGUGAGUCUCCUUUCCUGGUUUUAUAAGUUUUCUUGAACUCAAUAAGGUAUCUAUAUCUGU